AUGGCGUUGUCUGAACGUCACUUGUUUUUAAGCAAACGUCUCGUCACUGAGAGCGGAGUAGCUGAUGGCGGUGUGCUCGUUGAUGUAAACGGAACCAUUGAACAAAUUGUUACUAGAGAAGAGGCAGACAAAAUUAUAGCAGAAAACGAUGGAAAGAUCAAGGUGGUCGAUGGCGGGAACUUGGCGCUGCUGGCCGGUGUGGUAGAUUCUCAUGUACAUGUCAAUGAACCAGGUCGCACAGCAUGGGAGGGAUUCCGUACAGCCACCAGCGCCGCCGCCGCAGGAGGCAUCACCACCAUUGUCGACAUGCCCCUGAACUCCAUUCCUCCAACUACGACGGUAGAAAAUCUGAAGAUUAAAGCUUCUUCUGCCGAUGGAAAUGUCUUUGUGGAUGUUGGCUUUUGGGGCGGAGUUAUUGUUGGAAACGAUGAUUCUCUGCGAGAUCUAGUAAAAGCAGGAGUUGUUGGUUUUAAAUGCUUUCUGUGUCCGAGCGGUGUCGAUGAGUUCCCGAAUGUCGGACCUGAAGAUUUGGAAAAGGCUUUUGAAGCUUUGGAGGGAACUGGAUCAGUACUUGCAUUUCACGCGGAGCUUGAAGAUGACAACCCACCCAGCAGGAAGAAGAUUAAAAAGAAAGACCCAGAAGAAUAUCAGACAUAUCUUGAAUCCAGACCACCUAAUAUGGAACUAAAUGCGGUCGCGCUCAUUAAAGACUUUGUUAGUAAGACUGACGUCAGAGUUCACGUAGUCCACGUGUCUUCGUCCGAUGUGGUGCCUCUACUCACGGAGGCGCGAAAAGUUCGUGUAGCGAGGGGAAACGAGGCCUGGCGCGCCGGAGUCACUGCUGAGACCUGCCAUCAUUACCUCACCUUCAGUGCUGAUCAGAUCCCCAAGGGACGAAGCGAGUACAAAUGCGCUCCACCUAUUAGAGACAAGGACAAUAAGGAAAAACUGUGGGAGUAUUUACUGGAAGAUAAGUUGGAUUUGGUGGUGUCAGAUCAUUCGCCGUGCACUCCAGACCUGAAAUGUUCAAACAAUUUGGAGGCUUGGGGUGGGAUUUCGUCUGUUCAAUUCGGUUUGUCUUUAUUCUGGACGUCGGCAAGUACUCGAGGACUGGACCUGACGGCCAUUAGUAAAUACAUGAGUUCAGCACCGGCCCAACUAUGUGGCCUUCAGAACCGCAAAGGAUCCUUGAAGGCAGGUCUUGAUGCUGACCUCAUAUUCUUCGACCCCGAUGCGUCCUUCACCGUCACUAAAGAUAUUAUACGACACAAGAAUAAGUUGACACCUUACAUUGGUAUGGAAUUGAAAGGUGUUGUCAAACAGACUUACCUUCGUGGACAUCUCAUCUACGAUGAAGGAGAAGUAGUGGAGAAACCGCAAGGAAAAUUGUUAUUAAAUGAUAAUUGA